CAGAGGUCACGUGACGCCGCCUUGCUACCUCCUUUGACCGAUGCGAUGUUUGUCGUUUGCGUCAAAGGAAUCAAAGAGGGCCUCGCUCGUGCUCUGUGCCGAUGCACUGUCGUGGCGGCUCGGCGGCUUCGAUUGCCAGAACGGCGCCGGUGGCCAGACGCCGUGACGAACCUUUCGACGACUGGAGGAGCGGCGCCAGAGGCGGCUAAGCGGGGCCUAGUACACGUCACGUGAUCAACAUGCGGCUGAGCGCUUGAUUAAGAAAAAAAAAAAGAUGGCGUGAGCGCGGAGUAGCAGACACGACAUCAAGUGAAACAAGCGCUGCGCGGCGCCCUCAUUGCGGACCGACGGCGCCCAGUUCAUCGCCCCACAAAUGGAUCCCGGACAGGAUUUACUUCUCACCGCUCUCAGUGAGAGCGGCAUUUGCCCCAAUGACAUGGGACUGUUCGACACAGAGUCUCAGGAUGUUGCGCAGCCCUCCACAGCUCAUCAAUCUAUCUCAAUCAGCGCCCUUGACGUCGGCUUGGCAAGCGAAUCCGGGGAAGUCGCUCGAAGCGGAACUCCGUCUCCGGGCCCCAUUGUGGCUAUCAGGCAGCACAAACCUCAGCCAUCGACCACCACGUUUGUCUUAAAUCAGCUCAACCAGCUGCCGUCGUUAGGUUCGGCCGCCGCCAAGCAGUCGACCGGCAACCCUGUCAAGCAUACCAUCACCGUUACCAAGGUGGUCCACGUCGCCAACGCCGCCCUGCGGGGCCCAUCAACGCCCACUUCUGCGAGCAACCCACCCUCGGCGUCCACAGCUGUGCCUUCAAAUCACGACCAGAUCCAGUUAAAAGACCUCCUCAGGGUGGGAGGCCUGAAAAGUUCGGGCCAGAAGGGCAACAGUUUGGUGGAACUCAUGAAGCUUAAGCCGCCGGCUGACAUCGCCACACCGGUAGCCACCGCCACUGGGCCCAGUGAGAUGAACAAUGGUGUCAAGAAGGAAACCCUGGCUAAAGAAAACCUCGCUAGAACCUGGAGUAACGACGAGCUCAAAAUGCAUGCUUUUUCACAUUCGCUGAACGUACCUGGGAUGAGGGAUGAAGAAGAGCCUGAGGAAGAGGAAGAAGAGGAGUUGGGUCAUGCAGAAACGUACGCGGAGUACAUGCCCAUGAAGUUGAAAGUUGGCCUGCGGCAUCCCGACCCGGUUGUAGAAACCAGCUCCCUGUCCAGCGUGAGCCCGCCAGACGUGUGGUACCGCCUGACUAUCCCGGAGGAGGUCAUGGACCGCGGAUGCCUGUCUGCUUUGCAGCUGGAAGCCAUCACGUACGCUGCCCAGCAACACGAGACGUUCCUGCCGAGCGGUGACCGAGCAGCCUAUUUGAUCGGCGACGGUGCUGGAGUGGGAAAAGGCCGUACCAUCGCAGGCAUCAUCUAUGAGAAUUAUCUCCUGGGCAGGAAGAGAUCAUUAUGGUUUAGUGUUUCCAACGAUUUGAAGUACGAUGCAGAACGGGAUUUGAGGGACAUCGGAGCCAAGAACAUUCAGGUCCAUUCCCUGAAUAAGUUCAAGUACGGCAAGAUCUCCUCCAAACACAAUGGCAGUGUAAAGAAAGGGGUCAUCUUCGCAACGUACUCCUCGCUGAUCGGAGAGAGCCAAUCGGGUGGCAAGUACAAGACCAGGUUUGAGCAGCUGCUCCACUGGUGCGGAGAGGACUUUGAUGGCGUUAUUGUCUACGAUGAGUGUCAUAAGGCUAAAAAUGUGUGUCCCAUCGGAUCAUCCAAACCAACAAAAACCGGGCUUGCUGUAUUGGAACUUCAGAACAAGCUUCCCAAGGCUCGUGUGGUGUACGCCAGUGCUACAGGUGCUUCGGAACCAAGAAACAUGGCUUACAUGAACCGACUCGGGAUCUGGGGCCAUAAAACACCUUUCAGGGAGUUUGCCAAUUUCAUCCAAGCGGUUGAACGCAGGGGUGUGGGCGCUAUGGAGAUUGUGGCCAUGGAUAUGAAGCUGAGGGGAAUGUACAUCGCACGGCAAUUGAGUUUCACCGGCGUGACGUUCAAGAUCGAGGAGGUCCCUCUGACUCAGCAGUACAUCCACAUGUACAACAAUUCAGUCAGGCUGUGGGUGAGCGCCCGUGAGAAGUUCCAGCAAGCGGCAAACCUGAUGGACGCUGAGCAGCGCAUGAAGAAGUCCAUGUGGGGCCAGUUCUGGUCGGCCCAUCAGAGGUUCUUUAAGUACCUCUGCAUUGCCUCCAAGGUUCGAAGAGUGGUACAACUGGCCAGGGAGGAGGUCCAGAACGGGAAGUGCGUGGUGAUCGGCCUGCAGUCUACUGGGGAAGCGAGAACUUUGGAGGCUUUGGAGGAGGGAGGCGGCGAGCUUAACGACUUUGUGUCAACUGCAAAAGGUGUGCUGCAGUCCCUAGUAGAAAAGCACUUCCCUGCUCCUGACAGGCAGAAGCUUUACAGCCUACUGGGCAUCGAUCUAUCAGCCAAGAAGACCCCUUCGUUAGUUGAUGCCAAAGCCCAGCCCCAGCAGAAAGGAAAGAAAAGAAAAGCUCAGGAAGACAAGAAGAAAUCACCGAAGAAACCUCGCAAGCACGGCGGGCUGUCGGGCACCAGCUCGGACGAGAGCCAAUCAGAGGAGUCUGAUAAGGACUCGGGCAGGGAUGGCGAAAGCGACGACAGCUUCAAAUCGGUCAGCUCGGCGGACGAGGAUGACGACUUCAACCCGUUCAGGGACGAGUCUGAUGAGGAUGACGAGGACGAUCCCUGGCUUGUCCGAAAGGAGCCCAAGAAGAGUAAAGAGAAAACCAAGAAGAAGAAGCGAAGGAAGAGCAUCGAUCCGGACUCCAUUCAAAGUGCCUUGCUGGCGUCAGGCCUGGGUUCCACACGGCCGGCUUUCACUGCGCCCGUCGCCCCUACGCCCACGCCGACUGCAGUCAAAGCCGAGCCAGAAGACAGCUGCCUGACGAGCCAGGACGCAGUGGAACACGCUCAAAAGAUGAAGCGGGACCUCCUAGAGAAGCUGGAGGAGCUGGCUGAAGAGCUGCCGCCCAACACGUUGGAUGAGCUCAUCGACGAGCUGGGAGGACCUGAAAAUGUUGCAGAGAUGACCGGUCGUAAAGGCCGCGUAGUCAGCAACGAUGACGGCACCAUCACUUACGAGUCUCGCUCGGAGCUCGAUGUCCCCGUGGAAAUCCUCAACCUGACCGAGAAGCAACGCUUUAUGGACGGGGAGAAGCACAUCGCCAUCAUUUCGGAAGCGGCCAGCUCGGGCAUCUCGCUGCAGGCCGACCGACGUGUUAAGAACCAGCGGCGCAGGGUCCACAUGACGCUGGAGCUGCCAUGGAGUGCAGACAGAGCCAUCCAGCAGUUCGGAAGAACUCACAGGUCCAACCAGGUCACUGCUCCGGAGUACGUCUUCCUCAUCUCCGAGUUGGCCGGAGAGCAGCGAUUUGCUUCCAUCGUGGCCAAAAGAUUAGAAAGUCUUGGGGCGCUCACUCAUGGAGACAGGAGAGCGACAGAGACUCGAGAUCUCAGCAGGUUUAACUUUGACAAUAAAUAUGGCCGAAAUGCUUUAGAAAUUGUGAUGAAGUCGAUUGUGAAGCUCGACACACCGCUUGUCUCGCCACCCUCGGACUUUAAAGGAGAUUUCUUCAAAGAUGUUCAGAGAGGCUUGAUAGGUGUGGGGCUCAUCAAUGUGGAGGACAGAUACAACGCAUUGUCACUGGACAAAGACUACAACAACAUUGGGAAGUUCCUUAACCGCAUUCUGGGCAUGGAGGUCCAUCAGCAAAACGCCUUGUUUCAGUACUUCUCAGACACGCUGGCGGCUGUCAUCCAGGAAGCCAAGCGGAACGGCAGAUUCGACAUGGGCAUUCUCGAUCUUGGUUCCGGUGAUGAGAAGGUGAAAAAGGUCGACUGCAAGAAGUUCCUGACGCCGGGCUACACGGCAUCUGGCCACGUUGAGCUGUUCACGGUGAGUGUAGAGCGAGGUAUGUCCUGGGAAGAAGCCACGCAUGCCUGGGCGGAACAGAACGGACCAGAUGACGGCUUCUAUGUACAGUCACGGAACAACAAGAAAACUGCUAUCCUGGUGAAGGAAGUGAACACAAAGAAGAGACUCUUCCUCGUCUACCGGCCCAACACGGGCAGGCAACUCAAGCUGGAAACGUACGCUGACCUCAAGAAGAAAUUCAAGAAGGUAUUGUCAGAAGACGCCAAGCAACAUUGGAACGAGCAACACACCUCGUCGGCGAAGAUUUGUUCGCAUGCUUUCUGGCGGGGUAACUGUAAAAAGGCCUCCGUGGGGCUGCAGUGUGAAAUAGGCUUGCGCUGUCGCACGUACUACGUGCUGUGCGGCUCUGUGUUGAGCGUGUGGAACGAGCUAGAGGAAGUGCUGACGCCCGUCAGCGGCACUAACGUCAAGGUGCAAAUCGUACGUCUGCGCACCGAGGACGACCAGCGGAUAGUCGGACUGAUCAUUCCAGCCAACUGCGUGUCACCGCUGAUGCACAAGCUGUCCACGUCCGACCAGUUUCAGCAACUGGCCGUCCAAGAGCAGCACAAGCGGCAGCAGCUGCACCCCCAAAGUCUGAGCCACGCGCCCAACACAUAGUGGCAAAACGGACGCGUCAAGCAGACUGUUGUACAUACAGAGGAACAGUUUCAGGGUUUUUUUUUUUUUUUUUUUUUUUUUAAAUUCUUUUAAUUUGGGAAAAAUUUUGGCUAUCACCCUGCCCUCAGACGGGGUGAUGUAAUUUCGUCCUCUGACAUUCAGAGUGAAGAUGCGCGACGGGCCCCGCCACACUGGAAACUGACGCUACGUUACAAUCGAAUAGUAAACCCAUCAGACUUUCACGUUGAUGCUUGUUUCAUUACUCACCAUUCUCCUGUGUAUGAGCAACAAGGACUCCCAAAUUUGAUUCAAGAUGAGCAAUACAUAAAGUGACUUAUUACGACGGUGUAUAAAGGCCACAUAAAGAACGUGGUGGGAAAGUUGUAGCAUUACUAGAACAUAAUACCCCAAAAAAUGGGAUUUUAUUCACUUGGGCCUGUUGUAAUAUUCCUUGUUUUUGGACUAUUGCGACGGCGGAACUUGCACUGGAGGCUAACGCAGCAACGCGCAAACCACUUCAAAGAGUUUUUCGUAAUAAGGAUUUACUCUUAUGAGUUUUUGAAAUAUUCCAAGAUUCAUUCAUGACGUAGUAUUACGAUUUAAAUCUCGUAGUAUGGCGGGAUUGAAUCUCACAGUAUUGGGGGUUUGAUCUCGUAAUAUGGUGUGUUUCAUCUCCCAUUGCCGGUUUGGAAUCUCUCGGUAUCGCCGGGGUUACAUCUCGUAUGGCCUUAUCUCACGGUAUCACGGUGUUUCGCAUCGCCGGGUUUUCCGACAUUGCGGUAUCGCCGGGUUUUCGCACUGUAUUGCCGAGUUUUGCAAUCUCGCUGUUUAGCCAGGUUUUGCAAUCUCGCGGUAUCGCCGGGUUUCGCAAUCUUGCGAUAUUGCCGGAUUUCGCAACCUCCCGGUAACGCUGGGUUUUCGUGUUGUAUCUCCAAGUUUCGCAAUCUAACUGAAUAGACAGGUUUCGCAACCUCGCGGUAUCGCUGGGUUUUCACGCUGUAUCGCCGUGGUUUGCAACCUCGUGGUAUCGCCGGGUUUUCGCGUGGUAUCGCCGAGUUUCGCAAUCUCGCUGUACAGCCAAGUUUUGCAAUCUAGCGGUAUCGCCAGGUUUUGCAAUAUCGCGGUAUCGCCGGGUUUCUCAACGUCGUCGUAACGCUGGAUUUUCACAUAUCACCGGAUUUCUCAACCUUGCGGUAUCGCCGGGUUUCGUAACCCCGCGGUAUCGCUGGGUUUUUGCGCUGUAUCGCUGGGUUUGGCAGUCUUGUGGUGUCGCCGGGUUUCUCAACCUCACGGUAUCGCUGGGUUUUUGCGCUGUAUCGCCGGGUUUCGCAGCCUCACUGUAUCACUGGGUUUUCGCGUUGUAUCGCCGGGUUUUAGCGUUGUUUCGCCGGGUUUCACAACCUCGCGGUAUUGCCGGGUUUCGCAACCUCGCGGGUUUCAUCUCGUAUGACGCGUUUCAUCUCUCAUUAUUGCGUGUUCGCAACCUCACGGUAUUCGUAAUACCUCGUAGGCCUAUUAUCUUUUACCUUUCUCUGUGUGGCCUUAAUACUCUGCCGUGAAGUACAAUCUUGUCAAGGUUGAACAAGUUUAGACAUCUGAGACUUGAAUGUGUUCUUCGUAAAAACCAUGUUACGAAAGUCCCAAAGUUUGUUGUGAAAAUUUUCCUGGAUCAUACCUGAUGUGAAUUUUACGGUCAGGUGCAUUGGUCGAGAACAAGUUGUGAUAACCUUGACAUCAAUCCAUUUUGACUGGGAGGGCUCACACUGACAGAUCUUUGCGCUUCGAGAAGAACCUCCCAGUCAAAAUGCAUAGUACAGUUAGACAUUUGAAAGUUUACUCAAGUUCACCUUGUAAAAGUUCCCCUGCUUUUUUUGGCUCAUCCUAAAAUCUGUCACAAAUAUCCCACUGUUUUCUUUUUUUUUUUAAAUGCAUGAUGGUUUUCUGGUCUUCUCAGGUGUUUGAGAGUCAAUUCCGUUGUCAAACGUCGUUUCUUUGACCACUUGUGAUGUAGAAAGGCACCUCUACAUCUGUUAGCGAACAAAUCAAACGUUCUUGCUUGAGAUGUGCAACUAGAAGUCAUGCACAUUUUGAUUUUGUACAUUUUUGUAUAAAAAAAAAGUUGGUAUUUAAAUGGCCUGUUCUUACCCUCAAAACUCGUUUGCCUUUAUAAAAAGCCGUUUGAGCAUUUAUUUGUUAUCCAGCUUUAGGUCCGUGUACAAGCAGUACACAAAUCUGUACUAGUUACACUACUAGUAGCAACAAAAUAGCUAACUAGCAAAGACAAAGCCUACUUUAAGAAUUAAUACUGAAUUAUUACACUUAGGAUAUCUAGUAAAUGCUCUGACAGCUUUGCAUAGGCCUUUGGAGAUGUUGUGUUCAGGCUCUGUCAGGGCUUUUGAACGUCAGCCACUUGUCUUGCUGACGUGUACGUGAUCUGGUACAAUGUUCAAUAAAGAUUGGUAUACAGAAAUUGUGUGUUUUAACCCUUUAAAGGGCACUAUAACUCCCUGGUUGCCAUUGACAUUUGCUAAACGUCCAAUCAUUUUGACUGGGAGGGGCAAAUGAACCAGAUUUUUAAUGGAAUAAAACUGCUUAUGUCAAAAAAAAAUG